AUGGCGCCCAUGUAUUACUGCUACACACAAUGGGCUAUGAUGGUCGACAAACAACACAACCAGAGGAAACCCGCCAUGAAAGUCAAAGAAAAGGUCAAGAAUACUUACCAAAAGGUGGAUGACAAGUUUUUCGAACAGUUUGGGUUUAAAUUAAAAGAUGUGACGUUUGAUAAGUUGCUUGACUAUAUGUACUGUCUUAAGGAUUCGUCGAGCUUGGCUGUCACUAGGAUACUAUUUGGGUUAGCAAUGCUCUUCGAUAUCCCGGACGAGCGUGGCGGCGCCAUCAUGAACAAACGCUGGGGCGACCCCAACGUCUGCCACUUUCCACUGUUGCCCUUUCUGAGCUCCGUGGGCAUGCCGUAUAUGGCACUCGUGUAUGCUGCCCUGUGGAUCGGGGCGCUCGGCAUAAUGCUCGGGUACAAGUACCGCGUAGCCGCCCCCUUGUUCACCGCCUGCCACUGGUACCUGUUCCUCAUUGAGAAGAGCUUCUGGAACAACCACAGCUACCUGUUUGGACUGGUGGCCUUGCUGCUGUGUUUUACGGAAGCUGAGUGCUAUUGGUCACUCGACGCUUACCUUGACCCAAAGAAGAAGAAGCUAUCAGUACCUUACUGGAACUACUUCCUCUUGAAAUACCAGUUCUUUAUCCUGUAUUUCAUGGCUGGUAUGAAGAAGGGAACUGCUGAGUGGCUGACCGGGUACUCCGUGCUAAAUAUCAGUGAACACUGGGUGUUCGCGCCUUUCAGGUACUUCCUCACAGUAGGUCAGACUGACUACCUGGUGGUGCACUGCUUCGUCUUCCUGUUCGACCUGACGAUCGCCAUCUGGAUGAUGUGGUCCAGAACCAGACACGUCGCCAUGCUGUUCUGCGCCAUGUUCCACUUCAUGAACAGUCGUCUCUUCAGGAUCGGCAUGUUUCCCUGGGUUUGUCUAGCGACAAUGCCCUUAUUUUACCCUUUCGAUUGGCCGAAAACAAUCAUCUCUUUCGCAAACUACUGUUAUACCCAACUGAAACAAAAUACCUACAAGAAAGUAACGGAAUGCAAAAUAAUUCCUAUUUGUCGAACAAUACAUCCUGUACUUAGAAAUGAAGGCAAAAGUACUGAACUAAUCAGUAAAGAAUCCAGCAAUAACCAAGAAACAAAGAAUUCAGAAGCAAAUACAGAUCAGGGUGAGAAAACUGACGCUAAUGACGAAAUGCUUAAUCCAAAGGAUGAAAUACAUCAAGAAAAAGACCAGAAUGGACUCGAAGAAACGAAUUCUCCCGUAAACAAUGAGACAUACUCACGAACUGACACAGGCACUGACUUUAAUGAUGUCGAGUAUAAGAAAAAGCGAAGAACAAUGUAUUUGAUUGCGUUGUAUGUUUUUGUUCAAGCUUUUCUGCCUUACUCGCAUUUUAUAACAAAGGGAUAUAACAACUGGACGGACGGUCUUUAUGGCUACUCGUGGGAUAUGAUGGUACAUACUUGGGACGUCGGUAACAUGGUCAUAAGGGCCGUAGACAACGACAGCAAUAAGGAAAUAUACAUCGACUCCCAAAAACAUACGCCCAACGACCGCUGGUCAAGACACGGAGACAUGGUGUACCAAUACGCACAGUGUUUGAAGUCCAUGUUCGAUCCAAAGAGGUCAAAUAGUCCAUUGAGAACUUCAGCAAAGAACAUUUCCAUUUAUUUUGAUAUCUGGUAUUCGUUAAACGGCAGAUUUGUUCAGAGGAUGUUCGACUCGAAGACGGACAUGCUUAAGGCGUCUUGGACUCCUUUCCGACGGGUCCCAUACUUGAUGCCUCUAGUUGAAGGAGCAGAGGGUUGGAGAAGCAAGCUGGAUGAGAUAAGGAAUGACGUCCAUUCUUGGAGUGAGAACAGUGACGUUGUAUUCUGUGCAGAUUUUCCAGGUUACGAACAAGAAAAGUUCAUACCCAUAGAACUGAGAAAUGUAACACUAACCGUAUUAGAAGGACAAGUAGUCUACGAAACACAAGGUACAAAACAGAAGAUAGGACAAUCGUAUAUGCUAAAUAAAGGAAACCGGCUUCUUAUCGAAUCAGGCGAAUUCCAUAAAGUAUUAAAUUUUGAUGUAAAACCUGUGUUUUAUAUGUAUAACUUUUAUAACGGCUCUGAAAUUAUUUCAAAACAAGAUCUUUCUUAUUCAAAACCCAAGUUACCAAUUUACAAUGAGUUAGCCAGAAGAUUUAAUAAUAUGAUCAUAUUCGCUAAUUUGGUUGCCAGAAAUUUGUUUAAAAUACUUCACUUUCAGCAAUGCAGUUUGUAAAACAGAUAUACCUAUUUUAAAUAAUAAUAAGUAGGUG